AUGAUGGCCCCACCGAUCGUUCUGCUGAAAGACGGCACUGAAAAUAAACAGGGCAAAAGUCAGAUUGUGUCGAACAUCAACGCAUGCUGUCUCGUGGCUGACUCGAUUCGCACCACACUCGGACCUCGCGGUCUCGACAAGUUGAUCGUCAAUAGCAAAGGCGAAACUACAAUCUCCAAUGAUGGUGCCACAAUUCUGAAGUUGCUCGACAUUGUCUAUCCCGCCGCUUCGGUGAUGGUUGACAUUGCCAAAUCGCAGGACUGCGAAGUUGGAGAUGGCACCACAUCUGUGGUAGUCCUGGCAGCCGAGAUGAUGAAGCGUGCCAAACCUUUCAUCGAAGACGGUGUCCAUCCUCAGCUUCUGAUCCGUGCUUUCGGCAAGGCUUGCGAUGAGGCCAUCAAGAAGCUUGAUAGCCUCGCCGUCAAAGUUGAAGGGACCGAGGCUCAACGCGAAAUGCUCGUGAAAUGUGCUGCCACUACACUGUCGAGCAAACUGGUUUCGCAAGAGCGCGCCCAUUUUGCCGAGAUGGUUGUUGAUGCCGUUAACAUCUUGGCCGACGACCUUCCCCUCAAGAUGAUUGGAAUCAAGAAAGUCGGCGGUGGAAGUCUUUUGGAGUCGCACCUUGUUCGUGGAAUUGCGUUCAAAAAGGCCUUCAGUUAUGCGGGUUUCGAGAUGCAGCCGAAGAAAUAUGCGAACCCGAAGAUCGCUAUUUUGAACAUCGAACUGGAGCUGAAGGCGGAAAAGGACAAUGCUCAGAUGCGCAUCAAGAAUGUUGCUGACUAUCAGGCGGUUGUGGAUGCCGAGUGGAAUAUCCUCUACGACAAACUGCAGAAGAUCCACGACAGUGGCGCCAAGAUUGUCCUCAGCAAGCUUCCAGUCGGAGAUGUGGCCACGCAGUGGUUUGCCGACAGAGAUAUGUUCUGCGCUGGCCGUAUUCCAGAAGAUGAUCUGGAUAGAAUCGUUGGUGCUUGCGGUGGCAGCAUUUUGACGACGGUGUCGCAAAUUGACGAGUCUCUUCUCGGUAGCUGUGACACAUUCUCCGAGAAGCAAGUCGGCUCUGAACGUUUCAAUUUCUUCGAAGGCUGCAAGAAGGCAGAGGCCUGCACCUUGUUGCUCCGUGGAGGCGCUGACCAAUUCAUUGCUGAAACUGAGCGCUCCCUGCACGAUGCUAUCAUGAUUGUACGCCGCGCCAAGAAGAACGACUCUGUGGUGGCUGGGGGUGGUGCCAUCGAGAUGGAAUUGUCCACACAUCUGCGCGCCGAGGCUCGUAAGCUUCUGGGCAAGGAACAAUUCUUCUGGAUGGCCUAUGCUCGUGCAUUUGAGAUCAUUCCACAGCAGCUGUGUUACAAUGCCGGGAUUGACGCCACUGAUGUGCUCAACAAGCUGCGUCACCGUCACGCGAAAGGUGAAAUCUGGGCUGGCAUCAACAUCCACAAGGAGAUCGUGAUGAACAACUAUGAGGCAUUUGUUUGGGAGCCGAGCUUGGUCAAGAAGAACGCUAUCACUGCCGCCACUGAGGCCGUCUGCUUGGUCCUAUCUAUCGACCAGACGGUGAAGAAUCCUCGCACCCAAUCUGGCGGAAUGAUGCCAGGAAUGCCCCAGCAGAUG